GCACCGUUGAGAUUUUGCGAUUUUGCACGAAAUCUGAGCAAUGGCAGAAGCCAAGGAAGACGAUGCAAGCAAGAAGAGCGGCUACACGUAUUGGAAACGCGACAUUGAUGAUGCUCAUGUUCUACCAGACAAUCGACCACAGAAGCUAGAGGGCGAAACAACCAAGGAGACCCCGAAGGAUGCCGUGGGCUCCAGUUGGAACUCUGCCGGAACGUGGGAGGAGAAGGACACCACCGCGCCAGCUCGGGCGGAGUUGGAGAAGAUCCUCACCGAUGAGACAUUUGCCCUGCUGGAUGCGGAUGGCAACAAGGUGAUCGGAUGUACAGCCACGAUUACUGGCGACUCCCAAGCUUACCACAUCCGCGGCAGGCCCCGCCUUGGCUUUGAGUUCCAGGUGAAGCUGUCUUGGAAGGGCUCCUUCGAAGGGAAGGAGGUCUCUGGGGAUCUUGACAUCCAGGACUUGGACAGCAGCGACCUGGAUGGUUUUGACAUCAGGCCGAAGCCGAAGAAUUCAGAUUCGAAAGCCGCAGCGGAAGCCCUGAAGAAAAGUGCUAGGCCAGCGAUCAAGAAAGCUGCUGAGCUCUUGACCCAGCGUAUGUUGGCAAGGUGAUCUAGUCCUGGAUCACGUUGACCAAGUCAUUGAGCCGCUAGUUCUAGGGGCAGCGCAGGCGUCAAAGACGAUGCGAUGCUAAAAGACCGACAAACUCGAAUUCGUAAUGCGAGGAUUAAAA